AGAUUGGACCUAGUUCAUGCAACAAUUGAACAAGUAAAAAUCAACUUGAAGACGGGGAAGGUAAGUAGAAAUCUAAUGUCCAAGAGGAAUCUUGAAUUGGCAUGUAUCAACCGGACUUAUAUUGGCAAGAAGAACAAGUACGUACGCAUAUAUGCAGCUAUUGCAGACCCUUUGCCAAAGGCAAAAGGUGUGGUAAAAUUGGAUGUAUCCAAGUUAGAAAUUGAUCAACAACCUGAUUGCAUAGUGGCCACAAGAAUUUUUGGACCAAAUUGUUUCUGUAGUGAGCCCUUUUUUGUGCCAAAGGACCAUGACAAUGUAUUUGCGGCUGACGAAGACGAUGGCUAUGUGGUGUGUUAUAUGCAUAAUGAGAGCACAAGAGAAUCAAGUUUCAUGGUGAUGGAUGCCAAGACUCAUGAUCUUGAAAUUGUGGCAGUUGUGAAAUUGCCUCAUCGUGUGCCUUAUGGUUUUCAUGGGAUAUUUGUGAAGGAAAGUGAUCUUAACAUGCUAUAG